AGUGAAACAAGAAACGUUCAUGGCAGAGGCAUUUGUUGAUAAAUGAAUCAACAACGUAUAAUGUAGUUUAGUGUCUAGGGUGUGGAUAGACGGACGUGUCAGUGAAUAUCGGUUCAUUUCUUUUAUUCCCCAGAUGAUUGAGAAACUAUUAAGUUCAAAUAUGCUACCAUUAUCCACUAAUGGAAAUGAACAAACGGAAUUUAGAUCGUAGGGCCCGCAAAAAUAAGAAUUUUGGAUUUUGACCCUUGCAAAGAAUAUUCCAAUCUGCCAAUGCAGUUUAUCAUUAAAUCUCGCAUGUUUAACGAAUCUACUCAACUUUUGGAUGCGUUUUGGGUUUUACCAGUUGAUCUAGAUGAAAAUGUGACUAUGAGCUUGAAAUGUUCCCGCAUUGAUAAACGUAAAACUCAAGUUAAUUCUUUUAUUUUAAACGAUGUUGAAGCAUGUUCAACAUUGCAAAAGUACGUUGGAGACCUGUGGACCUAUAUUCAGUCUAAAAUAGGCAUGGAACCUGGAGUAUGUCCAGUUAAAAUGGGAAAUUACUCCACCGAAAACAUGAUCCUGGAUCUAACAAAACUAAAUGUGCAAAUGAUCCUGGAAGGACGAUUUAGAACGCGAAUUUUUUUGAAGCAUUUAUCAAAACCUUUGUACUGUACCGACUUCACGAUUGAAUUGACACCUAAGAAGGAAUAAUAAAUGAAUCUGGAUUGUACCAAUUGCUAAUAUGUUAUAUGUUGUAUUGUUAAAAAAGUAGCAAAAAAUAUAAAAAUGUAGAUAUCAAUCUGUUACUUCUGGACCAGGAAAUAUCAUCAAAAGAAGAGCCAAAAUCUAUUAAAAAAUGAACAAAAAUCGCUUAUAAUGUUUUGACAUUUUACCUGGGAUGUAUCUGGAAAAAUUUGGCAAUUACGUCAUCUGUUCGAAGAGUGGGGAGGCUAUAAGGUUUCGUUAACGAUUUAGCAUGCUUACAAUAACCUUAAAAUGUGUGCGAGAUUUCGAACCAUUCGGUUUUCCGCUUCCAAAGUUAAAUUGUAAAUUGUUGUUAUACAAUUUUGAUUUUUUUCCAAAAAUCUACAUAUCUACGGUAAAAAUUCAAGACGGAUUCAUGAACAAUAAGUGCAGGAGUAUGUUAUUUUAUAAAAUUUAAAUAACAUUUCCUAUUGUAAACGUCUAAAUAACCAAAAAUAUAUAAAAUAGUAAUAAUGUAACUUAAGACCUCAGAAAAAAGUUGUAAUGUGAUUUAAAAAACAUCAUUUUCAAUCAUAUUGUAAUUACGAAGCAUUUGAUGCAAAGGUGAGGUAUAUACCGUAUAUGGUGGGUUUUCAACGAUUUUCCUUGUUUCUUAUUUUCUGGUCCAGAAGUACUACAUUAAUAUCUACUUAAAAAAUAUGCAACAUAAUCACACCACGCAUUACAAUGCAUACCUUUACAUCCCACGGGCAAAAAGAAACGUGUCUCAAAUAAAAAAAACCUAUUUAUUGUUGUCUUCUAAAGUCAAUAAACUUUUAAUACUGUGACUAACGCAUCAGGUUGAUUUUGGGUUCAUCCACAAACCACUACGUAGUUAAUAGGCCAAGGAACUUGUGGCCAAACUGUCUAAAAAGAUUACUAAACCCUUAUCAAAGAACAGUAUCAGCUGAAUAUUAAUUUUGUAGCUUGAGUAAUCGAGCUGCACCUUUAAAGGAACCAAUUAGGUACUCCCCGUGAAGAAAAACGGUAAAUUGUUGUUAAGGUUGUUGAAAUACAAUUCAUCUGAAUUAAUUAACAUCUCCCCUUCCUUAUUCAAUCCGUUUCUUACUCAAGACUAAAUAUAAACCAGUUUAAGAGAUUGAUACACUACUGUACUACAGCAAGGGUCAGUGAUCUCGGGGAAAUUUGAUCACGGUCAAGGUGGAAAGAAUGUGUAAAUUGCAUAUGUCAUAAAAUGCAACGGGCACUUUUUGAACAACAACCCGAGGCGAAAACUCGAGAGGAUUGCCCAACACUGGACAGAAUUAGUGAGGAAGUCAUAAUUUAUUCUCAACACAUUUAAGGAUGAUUUAAAUCGAUCACUUAAGGACUGGUAUAGAAGGUUUUAUGUUGUUAGCAUAUGCAUUAGUACGCAUAAAUUAAGUCUUCCGUUACACAAAAAACAAUCGUUCCAAAAAAGGAACCACUUUGAUUUAAUGUCCG